AUGAGAGAUUACGAAGAAAUUGUAUCUUUCCUGGGGGAAUGGGGGCCGUUCCAAAAGACUAUUUUCUUUUUGUUGAGCGCUAGCAGUAUUCCCAAUGGAUACGUGGCGAUGGUUAUGGUUUUCAUCGCCGACGUUCCAUCGCACCAUUGUAAGCCACCCCUUAACGUAAGCAGUGCUGUCUCCGAAUUAAAUCACUCUAUACCCACUGAGGAGGUGAAAGGAGAACUCAUACUUAGCCAGUGUACUCGUUACAAAAAGGGAAACGGUUUAGCCCCAGAGUUUGGCAAUGAGACGGAAGGAUGCCUGGACGGCUGGGAGUUCAGCACGGAAAGAUACACGUCCACUAUUGUAUCGGAGUGGAACCUGGUAUGUGAAGAUGCUUGGAAAGCGCCUUUCAGCACAACGGUCUUUUUCUUCGGCGUGCUGAUAGGAUCUUUUCUAUCUGGACAAAUAUCGGACAGAUAUGGAAGAAAGAUCAUUUUCUUUGCCACCAUGGCAUUACAGACCAUCGCUAGUUUAUUGCAAGCUGCCUCAAACAGCUGGGAGUUGUUCUGUGUGUUCUACUUCAUCGUUGGAAUGGCAUAUAUUGGCAAUUACUCUUCUGCGUUCAUUCUUGGGUCUGAGCUCCUCAGCAAGUCUGUUCGUAUUCCAUUUGCCACAGUUGGGAUCAGCAUGUGCUACGCUGUGGGAUAUGCCUGUCUUCCUUUCUUUGCCUAUUUUAUUCGGGGCUGGAGAAUGUUGCUGGUGGCCAUGACCCUCUCAGGAUUCCUGUAUAUUCCUCUGUGGUGGUGCAUCCCAGAGUCUCCUCGCUGGCUGCUGUCUCAGGGGCGUCUGGUGGAGGCUGAGGCCAUAAUUCGGGCUGCUGCCUGCAAGAAUCGGGUCACAGCUCCUGAUGUCAUAUUCAGACAGGAAGAUUGCACUGAGCUAAUGAAAAAAAAUGACAAUCAGAAGAGUGAGCGUAUUUACACAUGGCUUGAUCUCUUUAAAACGGCAAACAUAAGGAACAUCACCAUCAUCCAAAUUAUAAUUUGGGCAGUCAUAUCCAUGACAUACUUUGGACUUUCCUUCAACACUCCCAACAUGAAUGGGGAUCCCUACCUCAACUGCUUAAUCUCUGCAGCUACUGAGAUUGUGGGCUAUGGCGCCACCUGGCUGUUCCUGUGCUACAUGUCACGCCGUUUCUCUCUCACCUUCAUGUUGCUGCUCUGUGGAGUCACGUUACUGCUGCUCAAGUUCAUUCCUGAUGAGCUGAACAUCUUGGUCCUUACUCUGGUGAUGACUGGAAAAGCUGGCAUUAGCGCUGCAUUCUGCUUUGUUUAUAUGUAUGGCGCUGAACUCUUUCCUACAGUAGUGCGCAGCAUGGGCAUCGGGGCCACAUCCAUGGCCUCCCGCAUUGGUAGCACUGUUUCUCCAUACGUUGCCCAUAUCGGAAAAUACAACAAAAUUAUACCCUAUAUUCUUAUGGGGGGUAUUAGUAUUGUGACGGGUAUUUUAAGUCUACUCCUUCCAGAAACAAAAGGCAAGGAACUUCCAGAACACAUCAGUCAAGUAAAACCUCUCAGAUGCUUUGGCAUCAAACAGAGGCCUUUAACUGGAGAUAUGAGGAAAGAAAGGGAAGAAAACACAAGGUUGGGGAAUGGAGCAGAGAAAUUCCAGGAGGAUACAGCACAGUCCGUUUGAUAAACAAGUGUGGAUGUAACUGAAAGGAAGACACAAUUUCAUAUAAAAACCCAAUGUCAUAUAAGAGCUUAUGGCAAACUGC